AUGGUUCGUAAUUAUGUAAGAAAAAGAGUUCAAACUUAUUCAAACGUAGACAUUGGCGAAGCUAUUAAAUCAAUUAAAGAUGAUAAAAUGACUAUUAGUGAAGCAUCAGCGAAAUAUAAGGUACCGAUUAGUACAUUAUACGAUCGUCUAUCAGGACACAAUGGCUCUAGUCCACGUGGUGGCACAACAAUUUUCAGUAAAGAAGAAGAGUCUCAUCUGGUUUAUGUGAUAAAAAGAAUGCAAGAUUAUAAUCAUCCUGUAUCAAAUUCAAAUGUAUGUACAAUAGCUUGGUGGUAUAUGCCAGAAUUAAAGAAAGAUAUUCUAGAUAAUGGUCCAGCACGCAAUGAUGCAUUGCCCGUUCAAGUGCUCGAUAGUUGGCUUAACAAGUUGUAUAUAAUGUUAAAAAAACUCGGUUUAUUCGAUAAACCGACAAACGUAUUUAACUGUGAUGAAAGUGGAUUCUCAGAUGACCCAGACAAAAAGUCAGUUGUUGUUAGGCGAGAAACACAAUAUCCAAUAGAUGUUCAUGCCGGGAGUGGCAAAAGUCAGACAACAGUUUUUCUGACUACUUCAGCUAGCGACAGAAUAAUGAAACUGGCGCUCGAUAAUGAGGUACAUACUCUUGGUCUGCCUCCACAUACCACAUCUCAAUUGCAAUCACUAGAUGUUUAUACUCUCAAAAUCGUUAAAACAGAAUGGAGAAAAAUACUGCGGCAAUAUUAUCUUAAAACAAAUGCUGACAAAGUCGACAAAUCGGUGUUUCCGUUGUUGUUCAAGAAGUUGUACACAAAUGCAUUACGUCCAACAUAUUGUGCCGGCGGAUUUACUAAGGCCGGUGUCUUCCGUUAUGACAAACGGGCUAUACCUCGAGAAAAAAUGUCGUAUUCAACGCUAUCAUCAUCAUUGAAUAGUCGAUCGAAUUUAACAAGGGCAUUGUCGACUGAAUAUCUAGUACCUGUUGCAGUUGAGGAUCAAAUAGAAGAAAUAACAGAUGAUAGGCGAAUGAUAAACAAUAAUGUAAUUGGAUAUCGUCGGUUAAGAAGAUCUCCAUCAGCUCCAACCCUCAGUUGCACUCUAGAUGACAAAACCAUUCAAUCAUCCAUAUCGUCAGCCUCUUCUACUUCAUUAUCAAUGGAUGCUUCACUAAUUGAUCAAACCAAUAGUUCGUUAAUAACUACUACAUCUGUUGUUUCUGCUUUAAAAUCGUCUGUCUCGAAAACGUCAUCAAUAAUUGCCUACCGAUCUGUUUCCUAG